GCUUUAGACUCAGUCAAGACAAGCUGUUGACAUUCACUAGGUCACUAAGUAGAUACUAGGAAUGUCAGCAGUGUGCCAAGCUUAUCACUGCCGAUGUUGUAGAAAUCUCAAGCAAUAUUGAAAAGAAACAUAAUGUUCGCUCAAAGUAUAAAAAAGUUUGUUUCUUUUCGUUGUAAGGCGAACCGCGUUGUUUGGAUCUGCUUUCCACGAACCACGUCUACCACCGUACUCAAAGAACUAUGGUCACCGGGUGGCCUGGCAAACACGUUUCACACAUGUAUUUGCCAACAUGGAAGUAAUAAACUGAUGAAAAUGUUAAAAGGAGAAAGGUCAAAGAAGCAGUGGUACGACACUCCACCUCAGAGACCACCAAACAGCCAAAGUAUCCUCAAACCAUCUAAGAAGCGCAACCCAGAAGACAACUCACGGGUUCGUGUGCUGAAUAGCAUUCUCUUCAAGGCGGUUUCUGACUUGCUGGCUUCGUACGAAGUCAGUCCAGAACUACCUUAUUUCAAUGUGGAGAUCUCCAAGGUAUCGUUGUCUCCAGAUUAUUCUGCAUGUCGGAUCUAUUGGAAGACUGGUGGCACGGAGAGGGAUGUCCAAAUUCAACAACUUCUGGACAAAAGUGGCCCUCGUAUAAGGUAUCUUCUCACAUCUCAGCAAAUCCUUGGAAGUGUCCCAGUUUUGGUUUUUAUCAGGGAUAAACAAUAUGCUGCUCUUAACGAGAUUGAUAACCUAUUAAAGGUAGCAGACUUCGGUCCAGAUGAAGAGUUGGUAGAGACAACCAGUGUGCAGGAGAGUGGGGUCAAGGCGCACACCUCAGACUAUGCUGAGCAGCAGCUCUCCGAGAGAAAGCGGCCUGUGCUUUUUGGGGUCGACCACGAUGCCCUCCUCAAGCAGAUACAGGAGUACAAACAACAGGCCAAAGACGCCCUCCCUCUGGCUUCCUCUGCGGCCCUCACGCAACAGCAACUGGACGCGUUUGCAGAGUUCAGGAAGCAGAAGAUAAUAGAGAAGAAAAAGAAAAAAUCCAGAAAGAUGAUUGACAACGACAUCACGCCCAAAGCGUUUUUGCUGGCGAAAGAAAAUAAUUUGCAGAACCCGCUGGAGGACUUGGAUGAUGACCAUCACGAAGAUAAUCAGAUCAGCGAACUCAUGGCUGAAGACAAUAAGAGGCCUUGAGUUGUAUUUGUGUCACCAUCACAUGUUGCUGAUUCACACAGCUCUCCCACUGGAUCAUAAAGUAUACAAUAGCAUCAGUAUGUAUGUGAAUGUUCUGUUCAUAGGGGAAUUUACCAAAUUAAAUAUCAUUUACUUGUG